ACCCAAGGUCACAAUGACACAGUUGAAAUAUAAAAGUCUAGUGCUGCACUAAAAUGCUCUACUCCGCCAACAUGAGAGGGCUGCUGGUUUUGGCGACUGUAUUUGUGGCCGUUUUUGGCAAGGAGACCUUUGAGGGUCACCAGGUUCUACGCAUCACUGCAACAAAUGAGGUGCAGAUCAACCUCCUGAAGGAACUGUCUGAGCUGGAGCAUCUUCAGCUGGACUUCUGGAUGGAACCCGUUCAUGAGUCUUUGCCUGUAGAUGUUCAUGUUCCAUUCCGCAGUCUGCAACCUGUCAAGUCCUUCCUGGCUUAUAAUGAAAUCCACUAUGAAGUCAUGAUCAAGGAUCUUCAGGAUCUUCUGGAUAUGGAACAGCGUCAGAUGCUGAAAUCUCGUGCUCUUCAGCCCAGAUCCACUGAUGAUUACGACUACACCAAUUACCACACUCUGGAUGAGAUCAACAGCUUCAUCGACAUGCUGGUGAAGGAGAACCCUAGACUACUUCGCAAAAUUGAGAUCGGCCACAGCUACGAGAAACGUUCCCUGAAUGUUCUGCAUUUUAGCACUGGUCCUAACCGCCCUGGUAUCUGGAUCGACACUGGCAUCCACUCUAGAGAAUGGAUCACUCAGGCCAGUGGAACCUGGUUCGCCAAGAAGAUUGCAACUGACUACGGACGUGACGACGCUCUUACCGCCAUCCUUGACAACUAUGACAUUUUCCUGGAGAUUGUCACCAACCCCGAUGGAUACGAUUAUACACACAAAACUAACCGCAUGUGGCGCAAGACUAGGAAACCUGAUCCUGAUUCAGAUUGUGUUGGAGUAGAUCCCAACAGGAACUGGAGUACUGGCUUCGGAGGUGCUGGCUCCAGUAGUCACCCUUGCUCCGAGACCUACCGUGGACCAUAUGUUAACUCAGAGUCUGAGGUCAAGGCCAUUGUGGACUUUGUGAAGUCCCAUGGUAACCUCAAGGCCUUUCUCUCCAUCCACAGCUACUCUCAGAUGUUGCUCUUCCCCUAUGGAGACACCAGUAUUCCUUGCCCAGACCAUGAAGAACUUAAUGAACUUGCAAGGAAGGCCAUCACUGACUUGAAGAGUCUUUACGGCACCACCUAUACAUAUGGCAGCACCUACGACACCAUCUAUCAAGCCAGUGGAACCACUAGUGACUGGACCUAUGACCAGGGCAUUAAGUACUCCUACACCUUUGAGCUGAGAGAUAAUGGUCACUAUGGUUUCAUCCUCCCUGCUGAUCAGAUUGUCCCCACCGCUGAGGAGACAUGGCUGGCCCUCAUGACCAUCAUGGAGCACACCAAGAACAACCCCUACUGAGUCAACAGUUGGGUCAAAUGGUGAUGCUUCAGAAGUUGAUCUUCCAGUUAAUCUUCUACUAAAUAAAUAAAUAAACAAAUAAAGAUGCAAAGUAAGCAAUGUUGAGACAAUA